AUGUCUGUUGGGUUUUGCACUGUAAGAGAAUUCUCUUUGGAUGAGUUUCUAGCAAUUACUGCAAUCAAAUGGUGGAAGUUCAACAUUUAUGCUGUUAGGCUGAGAUUCAAGAGGAAAGGAAAGACAAGGUCGGAGAACAAAUAUCAGCUCUACAAGAGCUCAUCUCCCCCUAUGGGAAGGAGAAACUGGGAGAUUUCCCGAAGAGACCUCCGCAAUCCUCAGUUUAUAGCAGUGGUUGCGACAGACCAUGAUUUCAUGGAUGCCGAUUACAAUGAGUAUUCGUCUCAGAGUGCUAGAAGUAUGAUCUGUUGUCAUUCUGUUGCUGUGAUUUUCAUGGUUCUUUUGGUCCUACGACACAUGCUUCCAAUUACAGUCAGCAGAGCCGAAGAGUGUUCAUUCACCAUAUUCGUUCUUCUGUGGUUGAGGACCGUUGGAAUUCUUGUUCCAGUUUAUAUAAUGACAAGAGCACUGACUGCAAUUCAUCACAGGCUCCAGCAACAGGUAGCUCUCUUUUUCCAAACCUACAAGCAGGAUCUAGAUCAACAGUCAGAUUCAUGA